UACUUUUGAAGCGGCUAAAGUAGCUUGUGGAAAUGUAGCCGGGUUAUUGUCAUGGACGAUGGCAAUGGCCAAAUACUUUGAAGUGAACAAAGAAGUUCUGCCACUCAAAGCAAACCUUGCUGUACAAGAAGCCAAAUAUCAAAAAGCGUCCAGUGAUCUAGAGGAAGCUGAAGAACUGUUACAGCAAAAAGAACUAGAGUUAUCAGAAGUUCAAAAAACUUUGGAAGAAGCUGUUUCUAAAAAAGAUGCGGUUCUAGAAGAGGCCAAAAAGUGUCAAGAUAAAAUGGACGCCGCAACAGCUUUAAUAGGUGGUCUAGCGGGAGAAAAAAUACGGUGGACUGAACAGAUUGCUUCGUUUAAGAGCGAAACUGACCGCUUAGUUGGAGAUGUUAUAUUAUUAACAGCAUUUCUAUCCUACACUGGACCUUUCAAUCAGGAAUUUAGAAGUGAUCUUCAAAACCUUUGGAUGAGACAAAUAUUUGAAAAAAUGAUUCCUAUAUCUGCAAAUGUUAAUAUUAUUGAAAACCUUACAGAUCGUUCACAAAUUGGUGAAUGGAAUAUUCAAGGACUACCAACUGAUGAGCUUUCUGUACAAAAUGGUAUUAUUGCGACAAAGGCUAUGCGGUUUCCAUUACUAAUAGAUCCGCAAUCUCAAGGAAAAGUUUGGAUAAAAAAUAAGGAGAAGCAAAAUCAUUUAAUUGUAACAGCCUUGAAUCAUAAGUAUUUUAGAAAUCAUCUUGAGGAUUCAAUUAGUAUGGGUUUUCCUAUCAUCAUCGAAGAUGUUGGUGAAGAGUUGGAUCCUUGCUUGGAUAAUUUGUUAGAUAGGAAUCUACUGAAAGUUGGAACUCAGUACAAAAUUAAAAUUGGAGACAAAGAAGUAGACUGGAAUGCAGGGUUUAGAUGUUAUAUAACAACCAAACUCCCUAAUCCAGCUUAUACUCCAGAAAUUUUUGCGCGUACUUCAAUUAUUGAUUUUACUGUGACAAUGCGUGGUCUUGAGGAUCAAUUAUUAGGUCGUGUCAUUCUUGCAGAAAGAAAAGAGUUAGAAGAUGAACGUGUACAGCUAGUUGAGACAGUUACUGGCAAUAUGAAAAAAAUGAAAGAAUUGGAGAGCAACUUACUGCAUAAACUUUCGACGACACAGGGAAGUUUACUUGAUGACGUAACAGUAAUCGAUGUCUUAAAUACUAGCAAAAACACCGCGUUCGAGGUGAAAGAAAAGAUUGAAAUUGCCAAAGUUACUGAGGCCAAAAUAAAUGCUGCACGUGAGGAAUAUCGUUCGGUCGCCACUCGAGGUAGUGUUUUGUAUUUUCUUGUAUGUAGUAUGGCUAUAGUGAACAAUAUGUAUCAGACAUCUUUGGUUCAGUUCUUAGAGAGGUUUGAUGCAUCUAUGCAUAAUUCGGCAAAGACUCACAUAACUCAAAAACGAAUCAGAAGAAUAAUUAAUUAUUUAACAUUUGAAGUUUAUCGAUACAAAUCCAGAGGUCUUUAUGAAAAGGAUAAAUUCCUCUUGGUGCUUCUAAUGGCAUUGAGCAUUGAUAACCAGAUGGAGCUAAUAACAUUUGAUGAGUUUCAAACAUUUAUUAAAGGCGGAGCUGCAUUAAAUUUAAAUGAUUGUCCACCAGUCCCAUUUCGCUGGGUGACAGACGAAACGUGGCUUAAUCUGGUACAACUUUCUAAUCUUUCGCCAUUCGUUCAUAUCUUAACGAAAGUAAGUGGUAAUGAGAGACCAUGGUUCACCUGGUAUAAAAAAGAUGCACCUGAAAAUGAAAUAAUUCCCGAUGGAUACCAUACUCUAGAUCCUUUCCGAAAAAUGCUUUUAGUACGCUCAUGGUGUAUGGAUAGAACCAUUGCACAAAGUAGAAAGUAUAUAGCACAUUCAUUAGGUGAUCGGUUUGCUGAGCCUGUUGUUCUAAAUUUGGAGGAAUUGUUAUCCGAAAGUCGAGAAUUAAUGCCUGUUUGUGGAGGGGCGGAAGGACCCAAAUAA